GGGUCAGAGGAGGCGAAUUUCCGCGCCUUUUCGCUGUCGGAAUGGAUCUGAGAGCUAAACAACCUGCAAUACUUCAACAGUACUACCAAAUCAUGGACUAAACUCAACUUUAACGUUUGUACUUCAAAUGCAGAAGACUUGGCGACAAAGGAUAAAGAUAGAAGUAUGUUGCUUCCGUCUGACGUUGCUAGACUUGUCCUGGGCUACCUGCAGCAAGAAGGGCUCACUGCCACAAGUCGAACUUUCAUCUUUGAAAGUCCAAACCUUAAAGAGUAUGCAGAGCACAGUUCAGAGGAUGGGGUCAUCCCUGCCUUCUCUUUUUGGAAAAAACCUGAUCACGAUUUUAAAUGAAUAUGUUGCAGUUAAUGCAAAAGAGACCAGUCAAGAAAAUCAAAUACCAGCAGUGAUGACAUCAUUAUGGAAAAAGCUUGAAUUCACGCUCAAUCAGAUCAAGUCUUUGCAGAAUUCUCCCACUGUGCAAAUUAAUCAGCGAUUGCGGACUAUAAGUAGCAUUCAAAGCAUGAGACCACAGCAGAGACCCUUGUCGGCAUUGCAGUCUCCCUUGUCUGGGAAUCUGCCAGUGACUCCAGCAGGCCAGUGUGUCUCCCCUGUGUCAACCCCUCAAGGUAUGCUGGGACAUUCCACCCCAAUGUCUUACACUGCCCACCAUACCAGACCCUCCACUCUCUGCCUUUCUCAGUCAGGAGAGUCACCACUGCAGAUAUUGGUCCCCGAUCAAAGACUGAAUCCAGGACCUUUGUCUCCUGCCCGCAGAAAAUGUGACUCACCAAGACGGAGGGGAGGUGGUCAGUUGGGUGCCAGCGGGACCAGCAGAAGUACGGUAGUGUCCAGCACUCUUAUUGUGGAAACUCAGUGUGAUGAGUCAGUGGCUGAGAACUUAUCUCAAAUAGUCAUAGAAAAUGCCAGAGAUAAAAUUCUGAAUGAUAGAUCCUUACAAGAAAAACUUGCUGAAAACAUCAACAAAAUCUUGGCAAGUGAUAAUAGCCCCCAGACAUCAAAAGCUGCCUGCAGUACUGUGGAACAAGAACAGUCGAUCGAUGAAAUCCUGGGCCUCCAGGGGGAAAUUCAUAUGACAAAUGAUGCCAUUCAAGACAUACUGGCACAGACGGAAUCAGACCCGGCAUUUCAGGCACUCUUUGACCUCUUUGAUUAUGAGAAAAGUAAGACACCUGAGGGCAGUGAACAGGCUGAUGGGAGUUUCAGCUCAAGCACACUGGAGAGUGACGAAACAGGCUGUGUUGACAGUGCCUCUGAGACAGGCACUGGACAUGAGGAUUCCACAUCAUGGGGAGAAGGUAGUGCAAGCAGAUUAAGGAAUCGAAAUGCAUCUGAGACAAAAAGCAAAAAAUCUUCAUCCAUUCGUAGUGUGUCAAAGUCUGCUGCCAUAACUCCACAGCCACGUACAGUAACCAAACAAAAAGCCACUGGACAAGGAUCCUCAAAUGCCAAGCGAGGGCUACUUAGGACCAGAGUUUUAUCUGGAAAUAAACAAACCAGAGAAGCCAUUUCAACUCCAAAAUUGAACGGUGAAGCGGAUUCACGUGCACCUGACCAAACCGUAUCAAGCUCAUCUUUCUUGGAGGAUGGAGCAAUCAUGGAGAUAGAUGAACCACAAAAUGAAACCUCAGAGACCUUAAAUAUUCAGCAUCCAUCGCUGACCCCUCCAGGUUGCUCUAACACUACUGAAAUUCUUAAUGAUAAAAGCAGCCAACAUGUUACUGUGUCAAAUAAGCCACCACAAACCACUUCCACAGCUGAAGUAAAUAAAUCCAUAAAUGAGACUGGAAUGUUAGCAGGAAUGCCUGGUGGACAUUCUGGAUUGAAUUUGGAUGUGACAGAAACCUCUGUGUCCACCAUUCAAAGUGAGGCUUUGCCCUCACCUCAUCUACCCCAACCUGACUUGGACAUAUCUGCCAGAAUGGCUUCACACACCUCAAACAAAACUUCUUUAACCCCAUCCUGCACACUGCAGAAAGAUUCAACCCACAAACACACUGAGCAUAACAAUGUCAGGAGCAAUCCCUCUACAGCAAGUGCUUCAUCUGCAGCCAGCACUACACUAUCUACCUCAGGUGUUUCUGAUGCCCAGGCCAAUGAUCCUGACCCCAGUAAGUUUGUGUCUCUGAAAAUCAUCAUCAGUAACGAACAGGAUGAGCAAUCUAAUGAUGUGGCAUUGAACCAGGCUGUUUCCAGCAUUACAGGUGAUCGCAUCCCUACCAUCUUCCUGUCAUCCCCUGCCAAAUCUCCUGCCAAGACCCUGCCUACAUCAGUCAUAACACAGGAGGAAACAGCUCAGGCAGUGAGCAGCUUGCAGGGGCCAGAAGAUGUUGGGUCAUUCGGAAUACCUACAGUGAGUGUUCAGAGUAAAGCACAGACUACGCCGGCACGUCCCACAGGUCAAGAAACUGGUUUUAUUCAGCUUUUGCCUGCUACCACCACCUUUGGGUCAUCAAGUGGCUAUUUUGUUGUAACUGAUCCUGCUGCUGGUGAUCAGCGGUCAAAUGUAGUGCUGCUUCCGAGUACCGUGCCUCAAGGAACUGUGUCUUCUACGCCACAUGUGGUAGCAACGCCACCUCGCCAGAGGACUGUUGUGUCCAUGGGUCCAAAUGUCUCUCAGGCCUACUCGCCUGGAUCCACAAUCAUUAUAUCUUCAUCAGUUCAGACCAUGUUACAAAAUGUGAUGGUUCCAGUGUCAGUUAUGGGACAAAAUACUGGAAAACUCGCGGUCCUUCCCAAUCAGAUGUUGACUUUGCCAUGUUCAAGUACUGUAAGGCAACCUGCAAAAGUUAUAUCUCAACCUAAAUUGGCAACUAAGGAAAACACUGACAUGGGCAAACCUGGCACAUCUGGAUCCAGCCAAGUUUCAAAAGUGCUUCCCCAGACCUCUCAGAGCUCUGACCUUCAAAAGAGUGGCAGUGGAACAAGCCCCAGCCAUCGGAGGAUACUUUGCUUUGAUGUCACACCUGAAAACACUGCAGCUGGCCAGAGUUCUACAGAGACAAGCACUUUCACAUCCUCUGUUACUACAUCUUCCCCAACUCAACAGGCUGAUAUGGAAAUCAAACGGACUGAACUGAACACGCCUUUAGUUUCUGACACCAGUAAAAGACGGAUAGAAACGAUUAGGCUGCCUCAGGUAAAUCACAGUGCAAGAAUAAAGGACUCUGAAACAGCCACCAUACCUCAACAGCAAAAAGAAGCCCCAAAAAGUAAAGUGUCUGAAAAGGGAACUGAUCUAACUGCUAACAAAGCUCCCACUAAGCCCGAGUCUUUCAAUAGAUCAGAUUUACAUAAAAAAUCACAAGCUUCAGACAAGGUUGAUGGUGGAGUGGUUUCAAAGAGUACAAAAUUGUCUGCACAGAGGCAAAAGCAGAAACCAACAGACAACACAAAGGAUAGUACACAAGAAGAAUCUCGUGAAAGGAGGUUGUCAAAGCCAUCAGACCAAUCCUCAGAGAAGAUCUCCUCACAAGAGUCUCCUGGUGUCACUGCAAACAAGGAAAAUGAGUUGGAGGGCCUUCAGCGAGAGCAGCGUCAGACAACUUCACACCCACUAACUAAAGAUCUUGUAUCUUCUACAGUUAAAUCUGCAGCACCCGUAUCAGGCACUUCCAAUAAACCUUUAUACAAGACGAGCCCAUUUACUAAACAGGCAGUUGAGAUGCUGCAGGACAUACAGUGCCAGGCUCCCACGGCUACUCCUCCAAAGAGGCAGGGGCCCGGUUGUCCAGAUCUCCCAAUCCCAAGAACACCUGGACAAGGGCAGACAGCAGAGGAGCUGACAGAUGGAUUGAGAACCCCAUCUCGACAGAGGCUCAUACGGGAGAGUGAAGGUACGCCAAGGUGUCUCGCCCUUCCUGCUACACCGGAUAUCCCCUCCUGCAGUCCUGCCAGUGAGGCGGGCAGUGAGAACAGCAUUAACAUGGCCGCCCACACUCUCAUGAUCCUGUCUCGUGCUGUCAGGAAAGGAGGUCCUCUGAAAGACAGUUUGCGUCAGGAAGAGGCCAGUGCUGGGAAAUCUUCUGCCCCUAAAGGAAAGAAGCGUAAGCACAUUGAACCAAGUCCUUCUGCAAAGAAAGAGUUACAGCUUUCUGGCUCCUCGGACAGUAAAAAGAAAUCGAAGAAACAGAAGAAGCUGCUGGACUCCUUUCCGGAUGACUUGGACGUGGAUAAAUUUCUGUCAUCCCUGCACUAUGAUGAGUAAUCUAAGACAGCCUCCAUACCAGGGACAUAUCAAGCCAUGUGUGCUACUGAGAGUGAUAAAGCAGAGAGAUACCAUCUAUUCAGAAGAGUACCAAUCCUGAAUAGCUACUUUCUGUUUUUACACACACAAUGUGACAUAUUGUACAUAUACACCUGAUUAACCUACCUAGUAAUCAUAUUCAUGCUGAAAGUGUUACUUUUUAAGCAUGCUUUUUUUAAACACGCAUGGACUAAUUUAGCACUAUUCACAGCAAAUUAAAAAAAAAAAGGAAAUAAUUUAUAAAUAACUAUAAUGUGCACUGUAUAUGUGAAGAGUGUCAGUUCAGCUGCUUCAUUGCAACAGCUGUUAUUCAGUUAAUUGCAUCUUUUUGUUUAAUUGGACCUUGUCAAUAUCAACUGCACCAUGUGACUAAAGUGAUUUUCUUUGUACAGCCUCUAGGUGGCAUUCUUCCUUUACAGUAAGGAAGUGGGAUUUCUUUUUGUCCAUUAGAUGGUUUAUUAUUUUAUGACUUGUUUUAAUAAAUCAGUAUUUGAUUGAAUAA